AUGGUCCGCGGCGCAGAGUACGAUAACGGUCUCCCCCAGAGCGACAACCCUAUCGAGAACGGUCCCAACAAGGCCCACGGUAUUGGCAAUGAGCCUGCCGACUUGAGCCGCUCCCACAAGGCUGCCCCCAUGCCUGAGCAGACUGGCUCCGGUCGCGAUGUCUUCCCUGGCUUGCCCACUGCUGGCUCAGCUCACCCCCAUGGCGGUGCUGCGAAGCCCUUGUCCCUUGAUGAGAAGAACACUGCUGGUAAAUAA